AUGGCACCUUCUGCGACCGAUAUCUAUGAAGAGAGGGAUGGACAGGCCCUUGAAAGCCUGUCUGAUAACAUCGACGCGGUCAAUGUCCUCAAGGCAGACUUGAUUAAGGAAAAGAGCAUGCAUGAAAAGUCGGAAUUCGAUUCCGAGAAAGACAAGACAAAAUUCCGUCAAUAUGAAGAUGCUUGUGACAGGGUCAAGAAUUUUUACCGCGAACAACACGAACGACAAACCGUUGCCUACAACUUGAAGGCACGUAAUGAUUUCAAGUUCAAGACAAGAGCAAGAAUGUCUAUCUGGGAAGCGAUGGAAAAGCUCAACACAUUGAUUGAUGAAUCGGAUCCUGAUACUUCUCUGUCUCAAAUCGAGCAUUUACUCCAGUCGGCGGAAGCUAUCCGAAGGGAUGGAAAGCCUCGAUGGAUGCAAUUGACUGGUUUGAUCCACGAUCUUGGCAAGCUUCUCUUCUUCUACGGGGCUGAAGGUCAAUGGGAUGUCGUUGGCGAUACUUUUCCAGUUGGUUGCGCUUUCGACAAGAGGAUCAUCUACCCGGAUACGUUCAAAGGAAACCCAGACUACAACCAUGAGAUCUAUGGAACUAAAAACGGCAUUUAUACACCUGGCUGCGGUCUGGAUAAUAUGAUGCUCUCGUGGGGACAUGACGAGUAUCUAUACCAUAUUGUCAAGGACCAGUCCACCUUGCCAGCUGAGGCUCUUGCUAUGAUCCGAUACCACUCUUUUUACCCCUGGCACACUGGUGGUGCUUAUCGAGAAUUUAUGGAUGACCAUGACUACGAUAUGCUUGCUGCGGUCAGGGCUUUUAACCCAUAUGAUCUGUACAGCAAGAGUGACGACGUUCCAAGUGCCGAGGAGUUGAAGCCAUACUAUAUGGAUCUCAUUGAUGAAUACUUUCCCCAAAGAAUCAUCAACUGGUGA